UCCAUUGUGAAGUGUAGAUUCAUGCAUUCUUUGGCAUUACGACUUGGACUGAAAACGGUGGAAAGAAGCUCGUUGAAAUUCUUUCGUUUUUCCAGCCGUGGACUCUCAGUGUCGUCAAUGAAUGGAAACAAAGAAAAGACUUUUCAGCUGCAAGACAAACUCCCAAGUCUUCCAGUUCCAUCAUUAGCACAGACUUGUGAAAAAUAUUUAGACUCAGUCAAGCCUCACCUGACAAGAGAAGAGUUUCUUCAAACCCAGUUUUUGGUGAAUGAAUUUGCUAGUGGGGUUGGUAAAGAUCUUCACAGGAAGCUUGAGAAGAGGGCCAAGAGUAUGCGGAAUUGGCUUGAGCCAUGGUGGGAAGAUUUGGCUUAUCUGACACCACGAUACCCUUCUGCCCCGUUGAUCAACGUUGCAGGGCCCCUUCCCAUUACAGACAUGUGGCCAGUACAGAAUGGAACCCAAAUCAAGAGGGCAGCUGUCUUCACUCAUGCAUACCUUUUAAUUUGGCAGAGGCUAUAUAGGGGAGAAAUACCCAUUGACAGAAUGGGCCCAACUCCACUAUGUAUGUUUCAAUUUUCUCGACUCUUCUCAUGUUGCAAAAUUCCUGGAAAAGAAAAGGACUCCCUGAGAACUAGCUUUGUUACAGCCCCUCAUAGCUCACCACGUCACAUCAUUGUGCAAACACGAGGAAGGAUUUUUAGCUGCACAGUACUGGAUGAAAAUAUGGAACCACUGACACCUCCUGAAAUUGAACGGCAGCUACAAGAGAUACAGUCCAUAGCAAAUUCACCAGGGAUAGGGAUUGGCAGUUUAACUGGAGAGAGACGGGAUACCUGGCAUGAGCUGCGAGAAAGAUUGAUAAGUUUGGACAGAAAUAACCAAAAGAAUCUUGAUGUCAUUGAAACAAGUUUGUUUGCCUUGGUUCUUGAUGAAAAUGUUCCUGAGACAGAAAUUGAGGUCUGUAAGCAUGCUAUACAUGGUGAUUCUAAAAAUCGUUGGUUUGACAAGGCUGUAAGUGUGCUGGUCUUUAAAUCUGGAAGACUGGCAUCUCAGUGCGAUCAUGCUCCAUUUGAUGGUGUUGUAGAAAUAGAUUCCAUUAUCUUGGUUGUUAAAUAUCUUGAAGAAAAAGGAGGAGAGUGGCAGGGGAGUUCAGAGAUCAAAAACUAUUUUGCACCUCAAGAGCUGGUGUUUAAGGCUGAUGAUGUCAUUCAUCGUGCUGUUGAAGAUGCUGUUCAAAAAUAUCAGCAACUGGCUGCUACUGUGAACGUUAUAGCACACUCCACACAACAGUAUGGUAAAGGAUUUAUAAAACCUUACAAGAUUCAUCCAGACACGUUUGUACAAAUGGCUAUUCAACUCUCUUAUUACAGACUUCACAGAAAACCUGCACCCACUUAUGAGACCGCUCAGACGCGACAGUUUUAUCACGGACGGACUGAUACGGUUCGGUCUUGUACUGUAGAGGCAACAGAGUGGUGUAAAGCGAUGUUCGAUGAAAACACUGAUAACUUGAGGAAGCUGCGAUUGUUUCGCGAAGCCUGCAAGAAGCAUAUCAAGCUAAUGAAAGAAGCCGUCGAUGGCCAAGGAAUUGAUCGUCAUUUGCUGGGAUUGCAACUGAUUGCUGCCUCAGAAGGAAUGCCAACUCCUGCUAUCUUCACGGAGAAAGCUUGGACGGCCAGUGGUGGAGGUGGAAACUUCGUCCUUUCAACAAGCUGUGUGGGAUUUUCGAAAAUUAUCGGUGGGUGCGCCGCCAUGGUAAAAGACGGUUACGGAGCUUUUUAUAGCAUCGAGGAUAACAAUUCUCAACUGUCUCAGCUGCCGAUGUCAGGAACUCUUGAAUCCUGGAAACAAUUGAUUGGCUGAUUACUCGCGAUCCAGCUGCAGUUUACCUGUCUUUAGAGUUGUUUGUCUAUUGUAUAAAAUAGAAACUGAAAAUCUUCACGGCUGUUGUAAAAAGUGAGGCAUUUUUAGUUAUCUUCUGGUUCGAUGAUUUCUUAUGACAGUUGUCAGCUGAAGUCUCUCAUCGUACAGUAAUCUUAUCAGAUGCACCAUGACACAUCCUGUAAUGAAUUCCUUUUUUCUCAUAACCUGUGUCGGUUACUUUAUACUGAUAAUAGUAAGAGAAGUCAGAUUCUGAUCAGUCAUUCAAUUUCAAAGGUUGCCCAACCAAUCAGGCAUAAUUAUACUUUCUGAGCAUUUUUGCCUUUUAGGGCCAUUUCAACUUGGACCUUACAACUAACUUGGAAUUCUAAACACGCUGCAAUAGCAGGAGGCUAACGAAAGCUUUUCAUGCUUGACGAUAAAAGACAAUUAAAGAGAGAGUAUCUGUUGGCCCCCGGAGACACCAAAAUGAGAUUAAUUUGGAAACUGCAGGCUUUCCUGUGGACAUUGUGGUAAUUAUUGAAAUCUCUUCGCCGGAAA